GAGGAGGAGCAACAGAGAAAAGAGAAACAGAGAGGCAGAGUUCUUCAUCUGCUUUAAGAGUUCAGCAGCAGACCUGAGGAGAGGAGACUGGAAAACUUUGAACAAACUAAAUAGAGGGGAAAAAAAAAGAUUUAGUUCUCUAAAAGGAAAUCUUUCCAACACAUCCCCCACUUUGUGUCAGAGUGAAGAACAGGAACCAGCAUAAGUAGUGGGUCAGCAGACUGGUUCAGACCCAGGCUGGAGAGCACCAUGGCCAACAACGCGAUCGAGGAGUCAGAUUAUGCCCCUGGGAAAGAUGAGCUGGACUGGGGCUACGAGGAAGGUGUAGAAUGGGGACUUCAUUUCCCAGCAGCCAACGGCGAGUACCAGUCCCCAAUAAAUCUGAACUCUAGGGAGGCUCAAUAUGACCCCUCCCUGCUCGACGUGGGCUUAUCACCAAACUACGUGGUGUGUCGAGACUGUGAAGUCAUAAACGACGGACACACUGUCUGCAUCCUUCUCAAGUCCAAGUCAGUGGUUACUGGAGGGCCGCUGCCGAGCGAUCAUGAGUACGAGCUCCAUGAGGUCCGGUUCCACUGGGGCAAAGAGAACCAGAGAGGAUCAGAGCACACCGUCAACUUCAAGGCUUUCCCCAUGGAGCUCCAUCUGAUUCACUGGAACAGCACUUUGUUCAACUCAUUAGAGGACGCUCUGGGGAAGAAGAAUGGAGUUCUCAUCAUAGCUCUUUUUGUGCAGAUUGGUAAAGAGCAUCUGGGUCUGAAGGCUAUCACUGAAGUUCUGCAGGACCUGCAGUACAAGGGGAAGAGCAAGAUCAUCCCAUGUUUCAACCCCAACACACUCCUACCUGACCCUCUACUGAGAGACUACUGGGUGUAUGAUGGAUCUCUGACUACGCCACCUUGUAGUGAAAGUGUCACCUGGAUUCUCUACCGUUAUCCUCUCACCAUCUCACAGCUGCAGAUCGAGGAGUUUCGGAGGUUACGGUCCCAUAUCAAAGGGGCGGAGCUUCUCGAAGGGAACGACGGGAUGUUGGGGGACAACUUCCGCCCCACCCAGCCGCUCAGUGACCGGACGGUUCGCGCUGCCUUCCAGUGACUUUCACUGAACCUCUGUCAUCUCAGACAAACUGUGGCACUUACACAUUUAAAUAUAGAAGGUACGAGUGUUACGGAGAGUUCAGCUCUGUCCACGGCUGCUGCAAAUACCUUACCUUAAAAACUGUAUCUAUGUAGGAAUUAAUUCUAACCAGAGCUUGUGUCACUCAUUGUUCAUGUGUUAUUCGUUUAUUCAGCACAUUUUCUCACGAGGGACAACUUUCUAAUAGAAGCAGCCACACAGUCCCCGAGGCUUUCAGGUCCUCUGAAAUUAAAACAGGCCCUGACAGAGCUAACCCAGUUCACUUACUAAUCUGGGAUGGGCCUAUAUAACGCGUUACGGUGAAUGAAAGUGGACCAAAUUUAACUCAGGAGCACUGCGGCAGGACGGGCUGAACUCAGAGAGGGUGACAAAGGCAGUAUACAGAAAACAUCAGACAUUUUCCAACAGUCCAGCUUUUUUAAAGUCAAGUACACGAUAGUGCAAACUGUGCAAAUGACCUGGCGAAGACUUUGCUGGAAAAAGUCACAUUUGGGGACAUUGUUUUACUUGUUUAUUGCUGUCAUGUUAAUCCUAUUGGAUGGGAGAUUCCAUUUGAGCAGUACAGAAGUUAUGUUUUGCUUCAAAACAUCCGAAUUACCUUCCACUCAUCUCAUAUUCAAGGUACAGCAACACGAGGGUAACUAAAGGAUUUAAGUGGAAAACUAGAAAAGAGGUGAAGUUAGAGGGGCUCUGUGAUAACAGGAGGUGGGAAUACCAGAGAGGUGGAAAAGAAGGAGGAAAAAGGAGCAAAAAAAAGGAAAGGAACAACAAAGAGGACUAUUGUUGGGUGAAAACAGAUAUUGAUGUGAUCCCAGCUCAAAUCCAGCUGAGGACAGGGCUGAUUUUUUUCUAAUGUGUCAAAUUCUACAUAUUUUAAAGCACAUUUUUACCUCUGUCUUCUGAAGUACACACAAAAAAACUAGAGCUACAGGCUACCAGUGUGAAUGUAAUAAAAACAAACAGAAGAGACACGCUGAAAGCAACAUGUUCCUACAUAAAAUAUCAUUCUGAAGCAGCAGAACAUAAACGAGAAAUAAUGUUACGUAAAUGCUCACUCACAGCUUAAACACAAAAGGUCAUGUUCCUUGUCUUGUUGCUACAGCUGGGCACUGCUAAAAAAAUAACUGAGCUCUAUGUGAUAUUUCCUGCACAGAAACAGUGUUUUAGUAUAUUCCCAUAAACACUGAAGUGGCUGGCGAAUAUGCAGCCAGCAAAUUUUGCAGAUUGCCUGCUACGUUUUCACUCUGCACCUCCACCAACUGGUGGUAUGCCAUCAUUUUGUGGGGAAAGAACAACAUGCAUUAUGGGAGAUGUAGUUUAUAGUAAAUUCUGGCUUUAAAGGUGCAUGAAUUUAUUUUAAAGGGAUCCUUAAUUACUUGUAACAUCAGAUAUUAUCAGAUAAACUGAGAAUGUAGAAACGACUCAGCUUGCAGCUGAAAAUUUGGAUUGGAUGGAGGACAACAAAGCUGCUUCACGGAUUGGAGAACCUGAGUUUAGCCUGUUAGCUUUUGCGUUAGCGCCAUGCUAAUACAUAUUUAUGCAUACAGUAUGCUAACAAUAUUAGCUUUGGUGCUCAUGCACCGGAAAGCCUAGUAAAUGUCAUCAUUUAUGUGGUAUAAUUUGUGGUGUUAAUAAAAUAACUUCAUCCAUGUGGCAAUAUAACUUUUUUGAUUUAUAAAAACUAAACAGCCUACAGUAUUUUUACAGUCUUUGUUUUAGUUCAAGUAAAUAUUUAUCAAAUGAUAUGUAAUGUAAUAAGUAAUCGUGGAUCCUUAAGACAAUACAUCUUUAAAGCUCUCGCAGGUCACAAAAAAUGCUGUGGUGGGUCUCAUUUGGCCCAUGGGCCUUGAGUUUGAUGCAUGUGAAGUAGAUGUUUCACAACCAGAAACUUUUUGUUUUUUUUACUUUUUAUUUUAAGUGAAGCUGACAAAGCAAAUGUGAUUUUAUUUUGUGAAAACAUGAACAAAGUCAGAAGGUGGACACAUUGCAGGAGUUCAAGGUAAUCUUAAACAAUCAUAACUAAUAAGUUUUGCAGAUAAGUUCCUGACAUCAUCGGCCUGUCUGCUGUAUCUUAUUAUUGUUGGCAUUUCCAUCCUGCAAAUCCAGAUGUGUUGUAAUGUUCGACUUGUUUAAUUAAAAACAUUAAAAACGGGCCUGAUUCGGUUAUGGACCUCAA